AUGUCAACAGCAUCCAAAAUCACGCUGGGAAGCACCCUCUUAGGAACUGUCGGCAUUGUUGUAUUCGUGCACUGGGCACAGGGUGCGGAAAAAAAGGCCAUGCACGCAGGCGUGGUCCGAGAUAUGGAGCAACAGAGAGCGAAGCGAGAGCGACAAGCCGAUUUUGAGAUGCAGCGCCAGCUCGAGGAGGAGUACAAAAAGACGCAGACGGUGCAUGACACCACACAUGCUUGA